AUGGCUGUGAAGAAGAGAACAACCUUGCGGGACAAGCAUGCAAAAUCGAAUACAAAGUCGAAUUUGUCAGGAAAAAUAGCAGAGUUGAAGGAGGAAAAUAACGGACAGGAGUCAGAUUACCAUGAAAACCCAUUUUUGAAAUUACUGAAAGUUACCAAGAAAGACAAACAAUUAAAUAAGUCUCAAAACUUCUCGCAAAAAUUCGAUUCCUCUACUUUAAACACAUCCAGUAAUAUAUCCAAGUCUGCAUUGAGACGCCGUAAGAGAAAUGCAAGAAACGAACUCAAGCCAAAAAUGGACGAGUUACUCCAAAAUUUGCCCGAAACUACAAACGUAAUUGAUCCAUCCGCUGCUGCUCACAAACCGAACGACCACAAGCUGACAAAAUUUAUCAAAUCGACCAAGGCCUCCGCAAACUUGCCCAAUGCAACCAAACAAACGGGGCAUGCUAAAAUCAUGACCCAAGAGAGUAAGAACUUCACCAAUGUCUUGAAAAACCCUCAGUUCAGAUCGUCGCCUUUCAGUGCUUUAAAAGAUGCUAUUGCUCAAAAUAUACAAAACCAAUAG